AUGAGCGCUGUCAACGUUGGCGCGGCUCUCAUUCCCUCGGCCCUUCUGGUCGCAGGUGUCUACGCCGUCAAGCCCGAGUAUCUCGCCUAUGCCGUCGCCCUUGCCGGUGUCAUCAGCAGUGUCGCCUUCUUCGCUGGUGGUAGCAAGCCGCGCAAGGUCUUGAUCCCUACCGAGUUCCAGCACUUUGUCCUCAAGGAGAAGACCGAGAUCUCCCACAACGUCGCCAUCUACCGCUUCGCCCUGCCCCGUCCUACUGAUAUCCUCGGUCUGCCCAUCGGUCAGCACAUCUCUCUGGCUGCCACCAUUGGCGGCAAGGAAGUCGUCCGCUCGUACACCCCCAUCUCCUCCGACAAUGAGGCCGGUUACUUCGACCUCCUGGUCAAGGCCUAUGCCCAGGGUAACAUCUCCAAGUACCUGACCGAGCUGAAGGUUGGCGAUACCAUGAAGGUCCGUGGCCCCAAGGGUGCCAUGGUCUACACUCCCAACAUGUGCCGCCACAUUGGUAUGAUCGCUGGUGGUACCGGUAUCACCCCCAUGCUGCAGGUCAUUGAAGCUAUCAUCCGCAACCGCCCCCGCAACGGCGGUAACGACACCACCAAGGUUGACCUGAUCUUUGCCAAUGUCACGGCUGAGGAUAUUCUGCUCAAGGAGAAGCUGGACAAGCUGGCCAAGGAGGACGAGGGCUUCAACGUCCACUACGUUCUGAACACCCCUCCGGAGGGCUGGACUGGUGGUGUCGGCUUUGUCACCCCCGACAUGAUGAAGGAGCGCCUCCCCGCCCCCGCCGCCGAUGUCAAGGUCCUCCUCUGCGGUCCCCCUCCCAUGAUCAGCGCCAUGAAGAAGGCCAGCGAGUCCCUUGGCUACACCAAGGCCCGCCCCGUCAGCAAGCUCGAGGACCAGGUCUUCUGCUUCUAA